CAUAUCAAUUCUCGCGCUUCUGCUUGGUCUUCUAAGGAACUGGCUAUGGCUUCAGAAACAACCUCCACCUCUCAAGGAUCUAGAGACACCCCUAGUACGCCCUCCACUGGCGCAUCGGAGCCAGAGGGUUCUGCGGCUAACAGGUCUGCUGGGUCUCAGGUCCGACCUUCCCUAUCUGACUUUCCUCUAGCUUCUAGUUGUCGAGGGGUGGAGUCAGGUGGUAAGAAGUCGCGCACUCCUCUGGCCUGUCUGACUCCGGAGCUGGCUGAACUAUCUCUUUUUUACCAGUCUUCCACUGAGAGGUCACCCUUUAAACAGCUCAGGACGAAUGGAUAUGAUAACUCGAAUUCAGCGUUGGCGACAAAGAGCGAAUCAGUAAAAAGAGGUGGAUGUAAAAGUGGUGGGAAAUUUGAAAACAGGGGUCCCACCAGUGUCGGAAAAUCGCCCAGUGCGCCCCCUUCUGCCGCGCUUAAGGUUUUGUCCGGUUCUCGUGUCCGGCACCGCGGUGUACGUUGUACAUGGGCCUAA